AUGGCUUCUCCGGAACUCCAGGUUGACUACUCAGACAGGGGUAGGAGGGCGACGCGGGCUCAUUCAAAAAAGCUUCGGAGCCUCUGGAGAAUCCGUGAAGAAUGGAAGCUUCUGGGUUUCUUUGAGAUCAACCGUGGCCAUGAGUUCUACACGUUCACAUGCAUGCUGAAAGAGGGGCUGAACGAGGCGAUCCAGGAGGCGAGGGAUAAUCCACCAACAGCAGGUAUCCUCACUGAGGUGGAUUUUACUGCAGUGCUUAAACAGGCCCACGAGGGCUUUGAGAUGAGGACGUACGCAGGCUCUGCUUUUGCCAAGUUCAGGGAGUUCCUUGGCAUGGAGGACAGCAAUUACCAGCAAUCUCUGAGCUGCAAAAGCGCCUACCUGCAGUUCAUCAGCAACUCCAAGAGCACUGCCAACUUUUUCCUCACCAACGACAAAUGCUUCUUCGUGAAGACACAGAGCAAGCGCGAAAUCCAUUUCCUCAUCUCAAAUCUGUCCAAAUACUUUGAGCACCUGCAGCGAUACCCCCACUCCCUUCUUGUCAAAUUCCUCGGGGUCCACAGUAUCCUUGUUCCCCACCAGAAGAAGAAAUAUUUCAUCAUCAUGCAGAGUGUCUUUUACCCUCACGGGAAGAUUGUCGAGCGGUAUGAUAUUAAGGGUUGUCAACUUGAUCGCUGGGCAGAGGCCCCCCCAGAGGGCAGUCAGAUAAUCAUGAUUUUUAAGGAUCUCAACUUUGGAGAGAAGACCCUCUGCCUCGAUGAGCAGCGUUCGUGGUUUACCCGUCAAGUGGAGCUGGACACGCAGUUCCUCAAGGAGCUGGACGUGAUAGACUACAGCCUCCUGGUGGCAUUUCAGCCACUCCACGAGGACGAGCAGGCCCUAAGCCAGACCUUGGCCGACAUCAUCGCCAGGACGAGAAGGUCGCUCAUCCCUCGCAGCUCUCUUGUUCUCGAAGUCGCAGAACCCAGUGAAAUGAAUCGCUUCCCUUCAGUGAUGAUGCAGCCCUCCAGCCUUUCCCAGAUUAAUAAUUUCCCUGUUGAUAGCAGUCUACACAAAUUUAUUCACAUAUUGCAGAAAUCCAACUUGGACUUGCUUGGCGGGUCACUUCAUGAACCAAGUGAGAACUUCUUCCAGGAGGCCCUGAUAACUUACCUGAUGCAGGCGAACAGCAGUGAACAGUUGCCCAUGACUGUCCCCAGAACGGAUGCCAGCCUGCAAAAUGCCAACCUGACAAACAUCGCCGACUCCUGCCUCCACUUGGCACAGAACCGGCGCCUCCUGCCCAAUUGCAGGAACCCCUUGCAUGUGAUCGACGGGCCCGAAUUUCGCUACUUCGUCGGCAUCAUCGACCUCUUCACGGUGUACAGCUGCCGCAAAAAGUUGGAGCAUCUCUGGAAAAGCAUCAGGUAUCGAGGAAAGAGUUUCUCCACUGUUAGCCCCUCCCAUUAUGCAAGGAGGCUUUGCCAGUGGGUAGAAGAACAUACCACAUGA